AUGAAUGAAAGUCAUGAAUUAACUCGUAUGAUUCGUACAACUAUUGAUUCUAAUAAUUAUCAAUUACAAUCAAGUAAUUUAACUGUAUUAUGUUUAUGUAUUGCAUUAAUUAUAUUAACAUGGUUAACUAAUUGUAUUCUACUUGGUGGGAUAUUACAAACAAAAGGAGAUGGUAAACAUGUAUCUAUGGUUUAUUAUUUUAUUGGAUCACAAGCAAUAGCUUCUUUAUUACAUGUAACAUUAAAUUUGCCACCAGCGAUUGUGAAUAUGCUAUUUGGUAAUUCACAUGUUCAUUCCUAUAUUCACAUCUUCUGUUUAUAUUCAAUCUAUUUAGAUACAUUAUUUUGUCAUUUAACAUUGUUACAAAUAUUCAUUACAGGUUUAGAUACAUAUUUAAGAUUAAAGAAUCCAAUAAUUUAUAUAUCAUCUUUAUAUAAAAGAUCAGCAUUAUGGUUAAAAAUAGGUUCACCAUGGUUAAUGGCUUGUUUACAAUCAAUUGGUCAAAUAGCAUUAAGUGAUCGUCGUCAAGUUAAAUUAUACACUGGUACUAUUCAAACACCACCACCACCAUCAUCAUCAUCAUCAUCCAUCCGUUACAUCCUAUAA